UGGAAGCGCGGUCGGGAAAUCAUCACAACACAAGGGGGGGGUUAAUUAUCCAUUUUACCGUUCUCCUCAUUUGGUAGAGAAACUGACACGCAACUAAACAUGUCUGCAGAAACAGAAGUAGCUGCUGUUACCAACUCGUGACUGCUGGAACAACACGUCCUUAAACGCUGAGAGGCUGAUCAGCUCUAAGAAAGUCUCACCUUUACACCCCGGGAACGGUGAGCAGGUUAUCCCAGAGGCCACCAGCAUGCCUAUCAACGAUCCAGAAAGCAUACUGAGCUACCAGAGGCCAGAUGAGGAGGUGGUGGUGGACCAGGGAGGGACCAGCUCAGUACUGAACAUCCACUAUGAGAAAGAGGAACUAGAAGGCCACAGGACCCUGUUUGUGGGGGUCCGGAUGCCCCGGCAGAGCCACCGUCACUCCAAGGCCCACGGCUCGCGCCAUCGCAAGAGAGACAGACGCGCUGGAAGCAAUGCGACACAACAAAGCGAGGAAGCUGAAACAAAUGCCUCCAGUCAUGACACACCGUCCCAGCGGGUCCAGUUCAUUCUGGGCACAGAGGAAGACGCUGAACAUGUGGCCCACGAGCUUUUCACUGAGCUGGAUGAGAUCUGUGUGAAGGAUGGCAAGGAUGCUGAGUGGAAGGAAACAGCCAGGUGGCUGAAGUUUGAGGAGGACGUAGAGGAUGGCGGGGAGCGGUGGAGCAAGCCGUAUGUUGCUACUCUCUCCCUUCACAGCCUGUUUGAGCUCCGCAGCUGCCUCAUCAACGGCAGCGUGUUGCUCGAUAUGCACGCUGACAGCAUCGAAGAGAUCGCAGACAUGGUGCUGGACCACCAGGAGGCGUCCCAUGAGCUGGACGACAGUGUGAGGGUAAAGGUGCGCGAAGCUCUUCUGAAGAGACACCACCACCAAAACGAGAAGAAGAAGAACCUGAUGCCCAUUGUACGCUCCUUUGCAGAGGGAACACGCAAACAGUCCGAGACCCAUCUGACAGGGUCAGCCACAUCUCCCGUACCUCCUCCAGCCACAGAGUCAGCUAAAAAUGGAGGCGGACAGGACAGCAACCAGGUGGACCUCAGUAAGGUGGACAUGCACUUUAUGAAGAAGAUUCCAGAGGGGGCUGAGGCCUCUAAUGUCCUGGUGGGAGAACUGGACUUCCUGGAGAGGCCCAUUGUUGCGUUUGUGCGCCUCUCCCCCGCUGUGCUUCUCACAGGGCUCACUGAGGUCCCCAUACCUACCAGGUUCCUCUUCAUUCUCCUGGGCCCCGAUGGAAAGGCUCAGCAAUACCACGAGAUUGGACGCUCCAUGGCCACCAUCAUGACAGAUGAAAUCUUCCACGAUGUAGCGUACAAGGCAAAGGACAGAAGUGACCUACUUGCUGGGAUAGACGAGUUCCUGGAUCAGGUGACGGUCUUACCUCCGGGAGAGUGGGACCCCUCCAUCCGUAUCGAGCCCCCAAAGAGCGUCCCCUCUCAGGAGAAGAGGAAGAUGCCUGGAGUCCCUAAUGGCACAGCCUGCCAGGUGGAGGAAGAGCUACAUGCUGAGCACCACGGGCCAGAGCUGCAGAGAACUGGAAGGUUAUUUGGCGGUCUGAUCCUGGACAUAAAAAGGAAAGCUCCAUUCUAUCUGAGUGACUUUAAGGAUGGCAUGAGCCUACAGUGUGUGGCCUCCUUCCUCUUCCUUUACUGUGCCUGCAUGUCUCCUGUCAUCACGUUUGGAGGACUGCUGGGGGAGGCAACUGAGGGACGCAUUAGUGCCAUAGAGUCCUUACUGGGUGCUUCUAUGACUGGAGUGGCCUACUCUUUGUUUGCUGGGCAACCUCUCACCAUUCUCGGCAGCACAGGUCCUGUGCUUGUUUUUGAGAAAAUCCUCUUCAAGUUCUGCAAAGACUUCCAACUGUCCUAUCUCUCGCUGAGGACUUGCAUUGGCCUGUGGACGGCCCUGCUGUGUUUGCUGCUUGUAGCCACAGAUGCUAGCUCUUUGGUGUGCUACAUCACACGGUUCACAGAGGAAGCCUUUGCCGCCCUCAUCUGCCUAAUCUUUAUCUACGAAGCCUUGGAGAAGCUUAUUCAUCUUGGAGAAGUGUACCCCUUUAAUGCACACAGUGAUCUGGACAAACUCACUCUGGCUUACUGCCGAUGUACAGAGCCUGAUAAUCCCAGUAAUAAAACCUUAGAACUGUGGAGUCAAAGAAAUAUCACAGCCUUUACCGUACCCUGGGCCAACCUCACUGUGAAGGAGUGUGUGAGUCUGCAAGGCCAGUUCAUUGGGACAGCUUGUGGCCACCAUGGCCCCUACACCCCAGACGUUCUCUUCUGGUCCACCAUUUUGUUCUUCUCAACCUUCUUCAUGUCUGCCUUCCUUAAACAAUUUAAGACAAGUCGUUAUUUCCCCACCAAGGUGCGGUCCAUGAUCAGUGACUUUGCAGUGUUCCUCACCAUUGCUGUCAUGGUUCUGCUUGACUAUGCAAUUGGCGUUCCCUCCCAGAAGCUGAAGGUUCCCAGCAAAUUCCAGCCCACCAGAGAUGAUAGAGGUUGGCUUAUCAGUCCAAUUGGGCGCAACCCAUGGUGGACGGUCCUGGCUGCAGCUAUUCCUGCAGUUCUCUGCACCAUCCUCAUCUUCAUGGACCAACAGAUCACUGCUGUCAUCAUAAACCGCAAAGAGCACAAGCUACUGAAAGGUUGUGGGUACCAUCUCGACCUGCUGAUGGUGGGGGUGAUGCUGGCUGUGUGCUCCAUCAUGGGCCUGCCCUGGUUCGUAGCAGCCACCGUCCUAUCCAUCUCACACGUCAACAGCCUGAAGCUGGAAUCAGAAAGCUCGGCACCUGGAGAACAGCCACGCUUUCUGGGCAUCAGAGAGCAGAGAUUAACAGGCCUGGUCAUCUUCUUGCUCAUGGGCUGCUCUGUUUUCAUGACUGGAGCCCUGCAGUUCAUUCCUAUGCCAGUGUUGUAUGGUGUGUUCCUUUACAUGGGAGCCUCUUCAUUGAAAGGGAUCCAGUUUUUUGACCGUCUAAAGUUGUUCGGCAUGCCAGCCAAGCAUCAGCCAGACUUCAUCUACCUGCGUCAUGUCCCUUUGAGGAAAGUGCACCUGUUCACUGUCACCCAGCUCACCUGUCUGGUGCUGCUCUGGGUCAUCAAGACUUCCCCUGCUGCUAUCGUUUUCCCCAUGAUGGUGUUGGCUCUUGUUUUUAUCCGCAAGCUGUUGGACUUGUGCUUCUCUAAACGAGAGCUAAGUUACCUGGAUGAUUUGAUGCCUGAGUGGAAGAAAAAAAACCUCGAUGAUGCCUCCAAAAAGACAGAUGAGGAAUCACAGGUUAUGCUCAGUGCCAAGACGGAUGAUACAACUUCUGUUCAGAUUUCCAUGGAGAGCAGCAAGCCAGCUCAGACUCCAAAAGCACAUGACCCCAGGUGUGACCCCUCUGAUAUUAAUAUAUCUGAUGAAAUGUCUAAAACCACCGUGUGGAAAUCCCUAACCUCCAAUCAAAGGGACACUCGUCCUGUGGCUGCUAAGAAGGAUUGAAGGGAUGGAGUUCAUAGACGAAUAAAGGAUAUCCACAGCCUGGCAGGCUCAGCUGUGUCACAUGACUGCAGCUCUGGACCACGGGACACUGUGAUCUGGAGGCUUUGACUGUCAGCCACUUCAGUGCUUAAGAUAAAAGUCUUGAUGAUUUCUACCAGCUACACACAACACAUAAUACUGAUAACACAAAAGACGUACCUGCAUGCUCUUCUAUCUUUGUGAGGACUCACUUCCCAAAACCAAAACUCUUGACCGUAAUUCUGACCCUUUGAGCAGACACUAAUUGCACCAACCUUUUAAACCAACCACUAUAGCCAUGUAAAAAAGUGGAAAACCUUCAUCUUAACUGUCCUCAUCUUCUACGUUCAGAAAGCCUUUGGUGAUGAGUUCUGGCUUGUACACUGCCUUUGGCUUUCCAUCUAAGAUGUGAGGUUGAAUGAUACAAAGGGGGAAACUUUCCCCUGUGGCUGGUAAAAAAUGAAAUAGUAUUUGAAUGGCUCAGUUUGAGUUAAAUUGUGUAGAGCAAUGGGACAGGCUUUGGUAAUGUAAUCUAGUGACAGAUCCUGGAUUUUAUCCGCCUACAUUGGCAGUAAAUAAUGGAGGACACUGUGACAGCUGCUGGCAGCCACAGUGAUUCACUUAGAUAUGGGGACAUUUGUCGAUUCACAGCUGAAAGCCCUGCAUUUAUUUAAUAACCAUUAGGAGGUAACAUCUCAAUCUGCCAAACUCUGUCAUCGGUCUAUUCCCAAAGUGUCAACCAAAAAGUGUGGCUGGUUUGUUUUUAGCUCUCAGGGACACAGCUGCUGUUGGUCUAUAAAUACAGUCUUUACUGCCCAACAUCAAUGAAACAGUCCAUCGUAAAUUAUUUAGUAUUCCUUAAGUUAAUGCCAGAGCUUACCAUGGCUAUAGACUUGAUCAAGCACAGAUAAUAAGAUCAUACAUUCUAAAAAAACAGGCCAGGGAAAAAUUAUUCCAUCAUAAAGCUUACAAUGGCCACUGUUUUCUGAUCCUGAAGGAAGGUAUUGAUUUAACUUUCGGAGGAUGUAGCUUUUGGCACUGUUACAUUUUGGUGAACUGCACAAAUAGAUUCUUCUCUAAGUUUGUCCAACUGUUCAAAUGCACGAGGAGAGAUUUUUCCUUUACAUGAAACAGUAACUUUUCUUAACACAUCAAGAAGAUCUGGGGCCACAUAACAAUAAUUGUCUGUUACCUCCUAAUGAAUGUAAGCUUAAAAUCUACCCCCCAUUUAGCUCUGCCUUUGGUCUCUACCGAUACAUGGAGGAUGUUUCUGUCUUUAUUGUGGCUAGAUACUCCAUUAGCUUAACCGGCUAAUCGCUCCCUUUGCCUGCAGCUGUUCUGCACAGGCCUAAAUCAGGUGUAUUUCAGAAGCAGUAAAUCAGUAGGCAGCUAAAUAUAGAACUGACUUCAAAUCUAAAACAUUGUAACCCAAAGGUAAAACUCAGAAUAUGGUUAAUAAUACUAUUUCAGCUUUUCAACAAAAUUAACCUUUUUAGUAAGGUCUACUGUGAAUAAAACUGAUAAAUGUAUGAUCCAUUGACAGACUUGGGUCCUCAUCAGGAUAGGAGAGCAUAUGCAGAAUUAAAUAACUAUUUAAAACCUCAACACUCCACCUCUUCACCUUUGCAUCAGACACAACAUGAAGGUUUCCUGCCUACACUGUACACUGAUGGGAGUGGAAAUCCUCCUUUUAAAAAACAACACAGGUCCUUUUUAUUUAUCUGAAUAGUUUUUCUGUCAUUGAUCCUUAAAUCUACUAGUGUGUCUUUUUAUUUAACAUGUCAUGACUGUUUAUUUUUUCUAAUAGUGAUGAAAUGGUCAAUAAGUUAGUAGAUUGUAGAAGUACAUUGCAGGUUCAGUUAAACAUAGACUUCUCCUCUUGUGGGAGCAUCAAACUUGGUGUCAGUUUUGCGUGGUGAUGUAAAAUGAAAAUGUGAGAAGACCCACAGCAGUGGCACAAAAAAUUUAAAAUGCAAUCUUUUCCAUUAUUGGAUGUUUGUGCUAAUGAUUGUGUAGAAGGGAGAUUGUUCCACAGAGCCCUUGUCAAUUGAUAGUGUCUUAUUUCUUUACCUCAGACAAGUUCAUGAACGCUCUUGUAAGGCACUUUGGAAGAUGUUAGGUCAGGGGAGAGCAGAGCAGAAAAGCGCUGUGAGUGUGUGUGUUACAUUGCGGGUGAGAUGGGCAUUUGUGUGUCCAUUUGACGAUUAGGAAAAUAAUGGCUAUUAGUUUAUGGGGGGGCUUACUUUCAGCAAUAAUUUAACCAAAAAGCAAAUCCUUUUUAACGUACAGCUUCUUUUUAUUUAUCAGGAUAACUUUGUACCAGUACAAUCUUUUUGUUGAUCCCUAAGUGAAAGCAUAAAAAACACUGUUUGUGCCAAUAAGGACAUUUUAUUAUUAAUAAUAAUAAUAAUAAUAAUAAUAAUAAUAAUAACAACACACAUCUAGCAAAAAAAGACAUAGCCACACAUUAAUUUAGUUGAUUCGGGGGACAUGUCAGUUAGGAUAAACAAGAUUGUACUGUAAUGUUCUUAAGUUCAUUUUCUAUUGUAAGACUUGCAUGUGGCAGUUGUCAUAAAUUAACCUAAAUUGGAUGAUCCUUUUUAUGUCUCAGACAUGAGGGUCACCUUAAGGUUUGGGGAGCCAAAGGAAUGAGACAUGAUGGUGUGCAAGAUUUUUCCUCACUAAUAUUUUAUUUGUAGUUGCACUUUCUGUAGAUAAAGAGUUUGUGAAAUAUUUUAUUUUCAUGAGAUCUAUUACGAAAUUAAUAAUUUAAAAAUGUAUUAUUUAUUAAUUAUUUAUGAAAAUAUUUUUAGAUAAAAUAAAAUAAAAAAGUUCUCUUUGCUUUCUGUAAAUAGUCUACUGUACAAAACGAGAUAAGUUAUGUUGGAAUUAAAAAAUGCACAUGAGAAAUAAAAGGAUGAAUUUAUGGAAAACAACUCCUUCAGAGGUUAUUAGAAAGAGAGCGAUGACCUCCGGAAGGAGACCAUGUUUCAUAAACCAUCAUUGUUACAUCCUUUGUCCUUGAUGGAAGAGCCUUGAAUCUACUCAUAAAUCUAUGUUUUAAUAUAUACACUUUAUUAAUCCUCAAGGGAAAUGUAAAGACUCUAACAUACACACAACUGACCAUAUUCACAUAGCAGCCAUUGCUCUCUGAUGUCAUACUCAUGUGGGGAAGUGCUGAAGCUGUAAUAAUGCUAUUCUGCUUUGUUCCAAGGUUUGAUUUCAUCUGAAUUUAGGGUUUCUGUCAAAUGAACAUCUCACCUCAUCUCAAUUGUUCAGUAACUGCAAAGACAGUGAACAGAGAUAAUCUGGAGGGCCAUCUUGAAGAUGUAUGUUCACUCUCAGGCUAAUCUAAAUUGAUAAAUGAAUCCAUAUAACAUGAUCUAUGUAAAGAAUGCUGAAGUUGUGUUAAAUAUCUUGAUUAAAAAACCUUUUUUGGGGUCCAGUUAAAUUUGAAUUCAAAACUUGAUUUAUAAAUACUUUCAAGGCUACGUCCUCAACAGUCCCUGUCAUCUGUUAAAUGACUUUUAAGCAAAGUGUACAAGUACAGUGAUGUACCACUCGAACAUCUCAUACAGUAAUAUCUUCUUAGAAACGCGUACAAACGUUUUGUACACUGUAUUUGCUGUCAUGUACUACUGAUUCGAUGGUCAGACUUUUGAAUGUGAAUAGUCUUUUUGUGUCUGAAGACCUGAAACUUUGAAUUACUGGCAUGACUAAAUAUUAUUCAUUGUGUAAAUAUGUAUUCAAAAUCUCUUGAUUGAGUGCAAAAAUGCUGUAUAAAGAAAAACUACUCAAAAUGCUUUUAACCAUCCAGAGCUCUAUGACUGUAGAAGAUAAAUAUUUAGUAACUGAGUUCUAUAUAUGACCAUCAUGUGUCUUAAACUUGAUUUGAACUCAUUCAUGUAAAUGUGAAUUUAUGGUAAGCAUACAGUAAAUUGUAGGUGACUACAUAUACAUGUGGCCAAGAAGAGUCACACAUUUUAAUGGAUGUGAGUAUAAAUAAUCGUGCUAUAUGUAUGUGCCUGUCAUAGAAUACAUACCUUCUUCCUGUAGUGCUGGUCAUUUUUCAUGUUAGACCACAUCACAUGUGCCCAAAUAACAGUCGUUGUUAAGCCAAUAAUGAGUAACAGGCUGUUAGAAUCUGUUCUUCAUUUCUAUGUGCGUAAAAGUGAAAACCAUACAAAUUGUUUCCUUCAAAUUAAUUUGAGGAAAAAAGCUUGUGUCUGUUUCAAAGACAAUACAACAAAAGAGGAGGCGGAUGAAAGACUGCGAUGUCAGAAAGCAGAAGACUUUCAGGGAAAAGAGCACCCAUACUACAGUACCCUCAAUCUUCAAGUCUUGGAGCCAUAGAAAAAGUGAUGCCUUGUUUCUUUCACCAUGAAUGAUACAUUUUAAGUAAAUCUACAUGUUUUAUAUAUGUCAUUUAAUUUUUGAUUAUGGAAAAAUAAAAACAUGCAGCUGAAAUUACA